AUGCCGUUGCCGGCGCUGUCACAAAGCCUUUGUUUUUCACAUGUCGGAUCUCUGCCCGGGCAGUAUACACGUGGCACGACCAAUGCCUCGCACCGGGACGCGAGGAUCACCGCUCCGUGUGAGGAGGUGUGUGCGGCGUUCGCGCGUGUUGUUAUUGUGCGACGGUGUCGGCACCGCAGCUUGUCACAGAGCGUGUGUCGGAGUGUCGGCGUGAUGCUGACGGAGCACGAGGCGUGCGAGGCGCUCGGGCGGGCGACGCGGCGCGACUGCGCGCCGUCCCUCGCUCGAUACGUUGGCCAUGAAAUUUUCAGCCGAGCUGCUGUCAACCGGUGGCGGCACGCAGCACACAGAUGCCUUGCGCCACAGCCACGCGACACCAACCUACGAGACCUAACCUACACUUUAAUUUGCACCACUUUCGCCCACAAAGCUCUACCCUACCGUAUAAUUAUGGUGUUCAACUAA